AUGGCUCGUCAACAGCGGAAGAAAGCACGUGCACACGGCGUAGCAGCACGCUCUAAAGCUUCCUCAACCAAGCAGCAGGACCUGAAACAAGUUGAUGAACUGAGCGCCGCCGCCAGUUUGAGCCGUGGCCAACGCAAGCGCCUUAAGCGACGCGCUGCCUUUAUGCGUAAGAUGGGUAUCGUGUCGCGUGUGACUCAGGAACAGCAGAAACAGGCCGAGACGGCCGAAAACGGCGUGUUCGCCGGUCUGGACGAGCUCGAGAGCUCGUUAUUUCAAGCCGAUGAAAAGAAGAAGACCAAGACAGGCAAGAAGAAGCCACUUAGUGGCCGUCAGCGCCAGAAGCUGGCGGUGCGCGAGCUGGGCCAGCUUAAGGCUGUGCAGACCCACGCCAGCUUCAAGAACGACCCGUUCGCCGCCAUCCAGGCCCAUCUGCAGAACACCGUGGUGCAGGCUAACCACGAGCUGCUGGAGAAGACUAACAAGAAGACCAAAAGCGCCAAUAAGAUGGAUGUCGAGGCCUAA